CGGGAUGUUUGUUUGGACCGCAGAACCGCGUUCAUUACUGCCAACAACUUCUCCAGAAUUUGCCACUAAUUUGCCUCGUGCGGCCUUGCCAACGCGAGUCAUUGGAAUUGCCCCUGAGUGCCAUUCUUCGAUACACUCCUUACCGAGGAUCCUGCGGUCAACAUAAACCCCCCUAACAUUGACGAUCAACACAGGGUGUUGUUCGACUCCUUGCCACAAGCGCCUAUCCUCUAAAGCUGGGGUACUGGUGUACUGUUUAUCACUAGAUAUUCGAGGGAUACCUUUUCGUGCCAAUACCCGGCUUGAAGCAGAAGCGCGCCUCGCUGAAAGCGCCGAAACUACAGAAAGUUCCAAACACUCACACGCCCUGACCCCAUUCCUUCAAUGAACUUCUUCAAGCAAAAGCCAAGGGGCCCGACAGAACUCGUCAAGAGUGUGCGCGAUGGACUAGGGAAGGUCGAUACUGGCCCCAUCGAAGCAAGACGAAGGGCCGCAGAAGGUGUUGCAAAAGACUUGUCCCAGAUCAAGGCGAUGUUAUUUGGUGAUGGAGACCCUUUGCCUGAAGUUGUCGCGCAACUCGCAACGGAAACGUAUUCCAAUGACCUCCUCAAUCUCCUGGUUUUCCACAUCUCCAAACUGGACUUUGAGGCACGCAAGGAUGUUGCGCAGAUAUUCAACAAUCUUCUUCGGAGACAGAUCGGAAGCCGGUGGCCUACGGUUGAACAUCUGAUUAUACCUGGAAAGCCGAGAGAGGUGAUCUUUGUGGCAUUGAAAGGAUAUGAGAAUGAGGAUGUGGCAUUAAAUACUGGGAUGAUUUUGAAAGAGAUGCUGAGGCAUGAACCGUUGGCCGAGAUUUUGUUGUAUUCAGACGAAUUCUUUUCCUUUCCUCAUUAUAUCGAGGAAACAACAUUUGGUGUCUCAUGCGAUGCCUUUGCAAACUUUAAAGAAACCCUGACUCGGCACAAACCUAUGGUUGCUGAAUAUCUCGAGAAGAAUUACGAUCGUUUUUUCGCCAUGUACUCUCGCUUGAUCAACUCCUCGAACUACGUUACCAAACGGCAAUCCCUUAAGCUUCUUGGCGAAAUUCUUCUCGACCGGGCCAACUUCAACGUCAUGACUCGAUAUAUUUCGAACGAGCAUAAUCUGAAGGUGAUCAUGAACUUGUUGAAGGAUAAGAGCAAGAACAUCCAGUUUGAGGCGUUCCACGUGUUUAAGGUAUUCGUUGCUAACCCAAAGAAGCCUCCAACUGUGGAAGCUAUCCUUCAGCGGAACAAGGAGAAGUUGCUGUCCUUCCUGAGGGCAUUCCAUAACGAUAAAGAGGACGAGCAGUUCAGCGACGAGAAACAAUUUUUGAUCGUUCAAAUUGAGGGUCUGUGACGUUCCGGGAUGUACUUCUCAAUCAUCGUAGUCUUCAACUACUACUCAUCUUAUACCCUGUAUUUCUGCAACUUUUAUUCGAGCUCACUUCCACAAUCUAUUGGUUUGGUAUUUCCUGUUCUCUUAUUGCCUUUCAAACGCCAGAUCUGAGAUCCAACUCAUCAUCGUUGCACGAACUCUUUUGCGCCUUCAAACAUUGUAUGUGCAUUUUUUUUUUUAUCCGGGACGCUGUAGCAACUAUGAACCUCCAACCGGAUGCAUAGUAUAGCGAGUCUAACAAUGACAGGAAAG